AUGUGUGUAGCGGCCGGUGCUGCUACAGUGAAGCUGCUCUUGACGGGCGGGCGUGGUGGAGCUGGCGGGGAGGGCGUGGCGUGGGGCGCGCGCAGCCGUCGCUCAUGGCUUCGUGAGUGGGCGGAGGAUUUCGCCGCGCAGAGCGCCUUCGUCUUCGCCAUCGUGGGCACCUGCAUCGACGUGGUGCGCGCCGCCGCCGUGCUCUGGCUGUGCGUGGGGCGCUGUGAUCGACUUUCCUUCUUGCGCUCACAAGCCAAGUCCUCAGCCCCUCCCGCUCCUCGUAAAGUGAAAUCCGCUCCGUCGCCUCAACCCGCUACCCUAUCUCCUGCUGCAGAUCUUGUGAUUCAGUCGCCUCCUGUUUGUAAUGUCCUACCUUCUCCUUUCACGGAAACGUCACACUCAAUAUUUGCUGAAUCUCCAGACGCCCUUGGUAAAUCGUUCAUGACUCGCUUGUAA